AUGGUUCAAAAUACUAUAGUCACGAUAGAUGAUUUUGCUACUCCAUCACAUCAUAGAAUAAAUUCAAACUUACCCUUAUCUAAUAACACUUUACAAAAUGAUAUUCAAAAUGCUGUGAGUAUUUUAAGAUGA